AUGCAAGCCUCUAGUGUACAUGCGCUAGUGUCUGGUUCUGCCGUAACUGGGGAGCUCUCAGCAGAAGAUGGCACAUAUCAGCAUAUGCCACAACCACAGUUGCUGUCGCAGGACCGAUCUAUCUCUCUCUCCUCCUUCCUCACAGAUAUCUCAUCACCCGAUGCAGGCUUGCCUGACUUUGCUCUCUCUCCUCUGCAAGCAUCCCCUGCUACAUGCUCCCAAGGCUCCCAACCUCAGUCGGGAAAUGGCUCACCUCGCCUUCCAUCCUCGGAUGACGAUCUUCCUCUCCCUUCACUUCUACGCAAAUCAACAGACUGGGGAAAGCUGCAGUCGUCCUUGGGCUAUGAAACAGGGGCUGUGGCUGGCUGCUCUUCAACAAGCACAGAACCUGGCCCUAGUGCCCAGCUCCCUAUACUUCCUCCGCCUCCUUCCACUCUUGUCCCUCCUGGCCUCGCUGCUUCACUUACAGCCUCACCGCAUCCUUGGCCCUCAUCUAAUUCAUCUGCAAGUCUCAUGCCUUCGCCUGCUAGCAUGGCUUUCUCCCCUCUCUUGCCCUCCUCCUCCCUUGGCCUUCAUGAGCCAAAUAAGCCAAAUACCGUCACCUCGUCACACACACUCACGCUGCCGCAGAACCUACUUUCAUUCUCCAACCCGUCUGCCUCCUCUGACAGCGAGGCUGACUCACCCCUACAUCGAAGCACCAAGGCUCGGGAAAGUCUUCACGCGUUUUCAGAUCCCGAUGUACCUCUGCCCAAGCUUCAAAGCACCAGCACGAACAGUCAGGCUGGAGAAGGCACCAGUGGGUUACUUCACAAAGAGGAGAUGUUUGUAGAGGAGAGGAAUGCAGCUACAACACUCGCUGCUUCUGAUACAAGAACUGCCACGGUUACUGGAUCAAUGGGGAAUGUGGGAGCUAAUAUCGCUGCUGGAACCAAUGCUUAUGCUGAUAUACCUGGUCCAAGCAGCAGUAGGAUUUCCGAGAUUUCUGGCAUGGGAUUGCUGACUGGAGAAGGGAUAACAUGGGACGAGGCGGAGGAAGGCAGUACGCUCUUGCACUUGCUGGGAGAGGCAGACGAUGUUCGUGAUGGUGUUUCUGGCAUGGGGUUUGGAGUAAGUCUGGAUGCCUCUGCUGGAGGGUCGGACAGGUUGGACAAUUGGAAUGGAGAGGCGAAUGGGGAUGGUGGACAGACAUCGCUUAUGGGAUCUGGAGUAGUAGCUUCGGAAGCAGCCGGAGCUGCAGCUGGCACAGUACAGUCUGGUGGUGGGGCAGUUGGAGUUGAAGGUGUGGACUUCGAGAUGAUUCAAGCAAGGGGGCAGAAUAAAGUGGUUGCAGGGGAGGCCACCCCUCGCCUCUCAGCUGUCCUGCAAGUCCUCCAGUCUGCCCGCCAGAAGAUCCGAGCAGUCACUGUUCCACCGCAGCUGCAGCCAUCAGCAACUAACGGGAUGCUCCUGGACUUCCAGGAGACUGCCAAAUCGUCCUCACUGCCAAUGCCACGCAAUCGCAAGUGGGGGAAGCUCUCAGCCUGGUCGACAUUCGUCUUCCUCUCAUACAGCUUCAAAGCUGCGGCAGCCAAUGACCACCUCACAGAGUCGCAAUUCUGCUUCCAAGAAAGUGUCUAG